AUGAAGAAGAAGAAGAAGAAGAAGAAGAAGAAUUUGGUAUCGUUUUCGGAUUCGCCGGAUUACUUGAAAGAUAAUGAGUAUAUUUUGAAUUACUACAGAGCAGAUUGGCCUCUUAAAGAUUCUUUCUUUAGCAUCUUCACUUGGCACAACGAAACCCUCAACGUUUGGACGCAUUUGUUAGGAUUUCUUAUCUUCUUGGGGUUGACGAUCAUAAAUUCGAGGCCUCUAGGCCCACUACCACAAGUAGCUGCUGAUUUCCUUUGCAAACUCAACAGGGAGUAACAACACUCCAUGACUUGGAGAACUUAACAGUAGCAAGAUGGCCAUUCUUCGUCUUCUUAGGUGGUUCCAUGUUCUGUCUUCUCUCAAGCAGUAUUUGCCAUCUCUUCCUUUGCCAUUCUAAACGUUUAAAUCUCCU